AAGACCAAUUAGUGAAAAGAAUAUCAAAAUUGUGCAGCCUAUCUAAGCGCAGGAACUGAAUUCAGUGGUGGAGGAAAUGUUUACUUCAUGUGCUGAAAUAACCCUGCAAAAGUUGUAGAUUUCCUGGCCACAUCAUGUCAAGGCUCUUUGAGUAUAAGACAAUAUGGACGGACAUCAAUAUCAGAUGUGUUAUUUCUCUCCUUGUUUUCAACAUGAGUUUUGUUUUCCUCCAGAUUAUAGUGUAUGAGGGGUUUCCUAGCAACAGUGGAUGUUUUCUCAAUAUAAGUUAAAAAUAGGAUAUCAAUUCAUACACUGUAUGAAUGGUCUAAAGUUAAAGUAAUGGAUGUUCUUUUUAGUCUAAUAAUCAAUGUCCACCGAUAUUCAGAGUCUCUCCAGGAUGCAAUGCACUGUUGUUUGAAGGAGGAAACGCUUUUUAUUCAAACUCAAUGGUACAUGCCGGUUUCGUAAUUGUAGUUCAAAAUGGAACCAUGUCUGCGACUCUUCGCUCCCUACAGUGGUUUAUUGUGAGACAUGCACAUGGUCCCAUUACCAUGAUCAAAAUGCCCUUUUGACUGUAUUUGGAGUAUGUCUCUUUCUCUCUCUUGCGCUCAGGCUCUCUCUCUCCUCACUGCCCCUCCCCUGUUUAUGGAGUCUGGUCCAGACGACUUGUCCAAAGUGGCAGUUUGAGUGGGCCUGUUUUCUAACUGGUGUAAACUGUGUAACUGGAGUAAGAGAUAUGCAGUGUGACCACAGAAACACAAGUCAGGUGGGCAGGCAAUAACAUUUGACAGAUGAUGCGACGGGGGCCAUGUCUCUUCAGAUGGCUGGAGAUAAGCAUGGCGCUCCUCUCUCUGACCACCUACAGCUGGGCCCAGAAAACAGAAGACUGGCAGUAUGAGGAAUGUAAACUGUCUCGGUCAGGCCCCCCUGCUACCAUAGUGACCAUCGAUGAAGAGAGCCCCAAUGGCACAGUUCUGGUGGAGAAUAUGCAGAUCAACGGGAGAGCAGAGGACCCAGACAGGACCAUCUCUCUGAUCCUGCUUGACAACUAUAACUACUGGGUCAUCCUGGAUCCCGUCAGACAGAGACUGUUCCUCAACAGCACCGGACGUGUCCUGGACAGAGAUCCCCCCUCCUCUAUCACUACAAUCGUGGUGAAGGUCCAGUGCACCAGUGAGCUGGUUGGGACAGUGAUUCUUCACGAGGUCCGGAUUGUAGUCAGGGACAAAAACGACAACACACCUCGCUUUCAGCAGCCACGCUACUAUGUGGCCGUCAACGAGCUCACUCCUGCCGGGACCACCAUAUUCACAGGCUUCAGUGGAGACAAUGGGGCCACAGACAUCGAUGACGGGCCCAAUGGACAGAUAGAAUAUGGCAUCCAGUACAACCCCAACGACCCAGUGUCUAAUACAACUGUGGUUGUAGGGAAUACUCUCUCUGGAAACAUUGUUCUGGCUGAGAGACUAAACUACGAAGAGAAAACACGCUACCUGGUCAUUGUUAAAGCCAAUGACCGUGCCCCGUACGAUGCCAAUAGGCGGACCGCUACGACCACAUUGACAAUAGAUGUUCUGGAUGGAGAUGACCUGGGCCCCAUGUUCCUGCCCUGUGUCCUGGUCAACAACACCCACGACUGCAACCCAGUCACCUACCGAGUCACCAUACCAGAAUUCACCAAACCGAGUGAACUGAACCCGCUGGGGGUGACCCCACCUAUCCGAGCUGUGGACAUGGACAGGAACAUUCAGCCCCCGUCUAAAAGGCCAGGGAUCCAUUACUACAUACUGGUUGGUCAGCCCUCAAAGUACCCAGACUACUUCUCCCUGAACAAGACGACCGCAGAGCUCCUCCUCUUGAAACCAGUCAGCAGAGACCUGUACACCAAAUUUACCCUCAUCAUCAAAGCUGAGCAGGACAACGGCCACCCACUCCCAGCAUACGCUGAACUGAUCAUUGAUGUCCUGGAUGAGAACAACCAGGCUCCGUACUUCCAGUUCCAGUCCUACCAAGGCUACGUCAGCGAGGCCUCCCCAGUAGGCACUACCAUCUCUGCCAGCUCCAACCUCACUGCCCCCUUGGGCAUAAUCGCCCUGGACAAAGACAUUGAAGAGAGCAAAGACCCUCUGUUGACGGUGACUCUGGAUGACUUCAGCACCAGCUUUGCCAUAACCCCGACCGGGAUCACCCGCUACCUCCGACUGCUCAAACCUGUGGACAGAGAGAAGCAGAUGACCUACACCUUCACGAUGAUGGCAUCAGAUGGGGUACAGGAGAGCAUGCGGGUGACUGUCAACAUCCUGGUGAUUGACGCCAAUGACAACACUCCCACCUUCGGUGAAGUCUCCUACAGCGUUAAGGUGUUCACUGACAUGCAGCAAGGAGAAACAGUACUACAGCUGAUGGCAUUGGAUGCUGAUGAGGGGUUAAACGGUCUGGUGACCUAUGAGAUCCUUGCCGGAGCGCAGGGUGUUUUCAUCAUCAAUAACCGCACUGGACGAAUCACCAUCGCACCCGGGAUAGCCCUUAGCGUGGGCCGUUCUUACGCCCUCACAGUGAAGGCUGCGGACAAUGCACCAGAGAUCCAGAGAAGGAGCUCUAUCACCACGGUGUACAUCGAGGUGCUGCCCCCCAACAACCAGAGCCCCCCACGCUUCCCCCUCUUCAUCUACAACCUGGAGGUCAGCGAGGCCAUGAGGAUAGGAGCCAUCCUGCUCAACCUACAGGCCACAGACAGAGAGAAUGACCCAAUCACAUACCAGAUUUUGAGUGGGGAUAUCCAGCAAGUCUUCAACCUCUCUAAAACGAUAGGCCUGCUGCUUUUGGGGAAGCCUCUGGACAGGGAGACAACUGACCAGUACCGUCUCAUCGUCACUGCCUCUGAUGGCAACCCAGGCGGGACCUCCACCACCACAGUGAACAUAGUGGUGACUGAUGUAAAUGAUAACGACCCUAAGUUUGACCUGACCCUGCCCAGGAACCUCACUGUCCAGGAGGAGAAGGCCAAUGUGUUUGUGGGUCAAGUCACGGCCACAGAUCCAGAUGCAGGGGCUAAUGGUCUGGUGCGCUACAGGAUAGUCAACCACCCAGGUCUUUUCACCAUCACAGAGAACGGCAGCAUCUUCACCGUGGUGCCUCUGGACCGAGAGGUCAGGAGUCAGUAUGACCUUAUAGUGGAGGCCUCAGACGGAGCGGUGGACCCCCGCAGGACCACCUUCACCCUCUCUGUCCAGGUGACAGACAUCGAUGACAACAGCCCAGAGUUUUCCCAGAAGACCUACGUGGUCAAUGUCCCAGAGAACAGCCCUGUGGGUACCGUGGUGCUGCGCCUCAGUGCGGUGGAUGCAGACCUGUUCUCUAACGUAACAUACCGUAUCAAAUCUGCGGAGGCCAGGAAGCUUUUCUCGGUGAACCCGAUCUCAGGCGAGCUGUUGGUCCUGCAGACGCUGGACUUUGAGGACCUGGCUAGUAUGGGCAUGGGGACCAACUAUACCUUCCAGGUGGAGGCCGUGGACCAGGCAGGGACAAUGCCCCCCGGUGAGGCCACCGUCACUGUUCGGAUCACGGAUAUGAAUGACUUCUCCCCGGUGUUUAGCCAAGCGCUGUACAAGGGUCUGGUGGCACCCAAUGCAGAGAAGGGAACGGUCAUCGCCACUGUGUUCGCUGAGGACCAAGACCCUCCUGGUACUCCAGCCAGUCUGGUGCGUUACAGAGUGGACGAGGACCAAUCACCUUACAGCGGUAGCAUCUUUGACGUGGAGAAGGGAUCUGGGAGGGUCAUCACCAGGGUCAACCUCAACGAACAGCCCAGCGUCACCUUCAAGUUGGUGGUGAUAGCCUUUGACGAUGGAGAGCCAGUGAAGGAGAACCGAACUCUGGUGGAGAUCACUGUUCUCCAGCCCUCCAGGAUCCCCAUCUUCACUCAGGAGGAGUACAGGUUUGCUCCUGUCAGAGAGCUGGCCCCAGUAGGCACACCAGUGGGCAGCAUCCUGGCAGCCGCCAUGAACCAGACAAUCUUCUACUCCAUCGUAGGAGGAAACGAAGGCGGUGAGUUCCAAGUGAGUAACCGGACAGGUGUGAUCUCCACGGCUAAGCCUCUGGAUUAUGAGACUGUCACCAGCUACGUGCUCAGGGUUCAGGCUGACUCCAUGGUCGUGGUCAUGGCCCAACUGCGGGUUCCCUCUAAAUCCAACACAGCCAAGGUGUUUAUCGAGGUGCGGGAUGAGAACGACCACCCGCCUGUCUUCACCAGAAAGCUCUACAUCGGUGGCGUGGCUGAAGACGCCAAGACCUUCUCCUCUGUUCUGAAGAUAGUGGCCACUGAUGCAGAUACAGGGAACUACAGUGCCAAUGCGUACCGGCUGAUCAUCCCGCCCACGGCAGAUGGUCAGGACAGCUUUGUGAUCGAGCAGUACACGGGCAUCAUCAAGACGGCUAUCAUGUACCGCAACAUGCGCAGGUCCUACUUCAAGUUUGCGGUCAUCGCCACCGACAACUACGGAAAAGGCCUGAGCAGCAGCGCUGAUGUGGUGGUGUCUGUGGUCAACCAGCUGGAUAUGCAGGUGGUGGUGUCCAAUGUCUCGCCCACUGUCGUGGAGGAGAAUAAAGAGCAGCUUAUUGCUAUUCUGGAGCGAUACAUCCAGGACCAGAUCCCAGGGGCUAAGGUGGUGGUGGAAUCCAUUGGGCCGCGGCGGUUCGGAGAUGGCUUUGACCAGGAGGACUACACCAAGUCAGACCUGAUGGUAUAUGCCAUCGACCCACUGACCAACAGGGCCAUCUCACGCCAGGAGCUCUUUAAGUUUCUGGACGGGAAGCUGCUGGAUAUCAACAAGGAGUUCCAGCCGUUCCUGGGUCAAGGAGGACGCAUCCUAGAGAUCCGUACGCCCGACAUCGUGGCCAGCGUGAAGAAGGCUGCCCAGGCUGUGGGCUACACAGAGGGGGCGUUGCUCGCCCUCGCCAUCAUCAUCAUCCUCUGCUGCAUCCCCGCCAUCCUCAUCAUCAUGGUCACCUACAAACAAUUCAAAGAGAGACAGGCGGAAUGUGCCAAGACUGCGAGGAUUCAGCAGGCUCUGCCAGCGAGCAAGGCUGCUGCUCCACGUGCCCCAACAGCCAAUAUAUACGGGGAACUAGGGGACAGCAGCACGCGAGGAUACGGAAGAAAGCAACAGCAACUGCUGAGGCCAUCUCUGCUGAGACCUGAGGAGCUCUCCAUGGAGUCAGGCAUCGACCCAGGCCAAGACUACUACAGGGACGAAUACUAUAAUUACGACCAGGGGAAUGACCUUCCUCAGUAUGGCAGUCGCAGGAAGCUGAUCUCUCCCAUGUAUGAUGAGUAUGGAGAGCUGAUUAUGGAGGAUGACUACUACAGCCCCCAUGGGUCUGAGGGGCGAGGCAGAGGGCGUGGAAGGGGUACUGGUCGAGGAGGCAAGAGGGUGGGAUUUAGAGACCUUCCACCAGAGGAUGAGAUUGAGCAGGCAGAGCCAGUGGAGGGCGAGGAACCCCGUGAACCCUCCUCAGCUGCCAAGAGGCUGAAGUCCGUCAUGAAGCUUAGCAAGCUCCUAGCGGCCAGUAAGAGUGGAGACCAGACUGUUCCAGCCGGAGAACCAGGCCCAUCCCCCUGGAAGAAAGCCAAGAUGUUCAAGAUGUUUGGCGCCAAGAAGGACAAGGACUACGCCAAACUGGUGUCGGCCCGCCGCAUAGACAGCCAGGAGAGUCUGACGGGGGGACUUGCCGGUGAUGGUCCGAUAGACACCAAGUCCACCGCGAGGAGCCGGCUGGGCAAGGUAAUGAAGCGCAUCAAACUGAGCAACAGGCUGCAGGCAAGGAGGAAGUCACAGGGAAGCAUUAGUAGAAGCUCUGCCACAGGUAGCGAGAAGGAUGAAGACGCCUCGCAAGCUGCCACCAGUGACGAAGAGAAGAAGUCCAAGGUGUCUAUCAGCGUGACGGUGGAGAGCGAGCCGGAGGCGAGUGGGAGUGGCAGUGGGAGUGGGAAGGGUUCUGAUGAGGAUUCAGAGAGAAGCAGUGUGGCGCUUUCCACCGAGGACAAAGAUUACCUGAAGGUGGAUCUGGACCGAGACGAUACCAAUGAAAGCACUGUGGACUCAGAAGAGGAGCCAGAAGAGCACCCAGAGGAUUCUGAUGACGAGAGCCAAUCAAAGUCAGAGGGGGACGAGACAGAGAAGGAAUCUGUCACUGAAAUGGAAUCGGGGACAGAAAAAGAGUCUGAUUCAGAGAAAGAGUCAGGCUCAGAGAAAACAUCUGGGACAGAAAAGGAAUCAGGGUCAGAGAAAGGUUCUGAUUCAGAGAAAGGUUCUGAUUCAGAGAAAGAAUCUGAUUCUGAGAAAGAAUCUGAUAGUGGGAAAGAAUCUGAUAGUGGGAAAGAGUCAGGGACAGAGAAAGAGUCAGGAACUGAAAAGUCAGGAACUGAAUCCAGUACAGAGAAAGGAUCUGGGACUGAGAAAGAUUCAGAGGAAGUGUCUGAAGAGGAUGAGGGGACUGGGGAGUCCAAAGAAAGUGGCUCCUCUGCCCGUUCUUCCAAGAAAUCAUCUGGCACUGCUACUGAAAGGUCCAGUGGAGGGACACAAGGCAGCAUGAGGAGUAGUGCCUCUGGCAUCAGUGGAAGUGAUAGUAGCGUUGGUGGCAGUAGUAGCGUUGGUGGCAGUAGUAGCGUUGGUGGCAGUGGUAGCGUUGGUGGCAGUGGUAGCGUUGGUGGUAGUGGUAGCAUUGGUGGCAGUGGUAGCAUUGGUGGCAGUGGUAGCGUCGGUGGCAGUGGUAGCAUCGGUGGCAGUGGUAGCGUUGGUGGCAGUGGCAGUGUCGGUGGCAGUGGUAGUGUUGGUGGCAGUAGUAGCGGCUCAAGCAGUGCUGCCUCCCAGCCUGGUUCUUCCAUAAGAUCGUCACAAAGUGCUGGAGCCUCAGAGAUGUCCAGGCCAGGAAGUGAGGGGGUCAGUGAAGGGGAGUCAGGGUCGGGAAGCUCGGUGUACCACGGAGGCAGCCAGAUCCAGCUCUCUGGAUCAGAGGUCAGCGAGUCAGAGGACAACCAGCUGACGGACCAGAGCUCCCUGGCGGGCAGCGAGAGGAGCUCCACCAGCUCCAGGUCCACUGGAGGCAGCCGCAAGUCCAUCCUAACCUGCAGUUCACAGGACACCAUCAAUGAGGAGAGUGAAGAGGAGGACGAAGGAGAAUCUGAGGAGGAAGGCAGUACCACCGAUGAGAGAAAAGAGUCUGUGGAAGAACUGAGUGACGGAGCAGCGUCCAGGAGGUCAAGCUUAUUGUCUGCUGGAGAAGGGCCCAGCCAUAGUCUCUAUGCUGGAACUCCCUACUGUUCAGACUCCAGCAACAGCCUGACAGAGGCCUCAGAGGAGACCUUCGGAGGACUCUCUCCUAUCACAGAGGUGGACGAGGACGCCAUUACACCAUCUGAGAAAUCUGACACCAGUAGCCAGGGGUCAGCUGGUAGAUCCCAGUUGGGAGCCACAGAGGAGACAUCCGAUGCUGAUUCAGAGUCUGAUGGGAACGCCACAGCCUUCUGAGGGACGAGUUGGUCAGCUGUGAAGUAAGAUUGGCUGGAGUGGCCUCUCGCAUGGGAGUGAAGAGAAUACUGUGUGCUUCCCCUUGAGUGUUUAAUUCUCUCUACCUCUCUCUAUCUCUUGGAAAAUACUUCUUGCAUGGAAGUGGAAUGGGUUGUUCUAUCUUCGGUUUGAAUUCUCUUUUCAAUGGUUUUGAACCACUCUUUGUGGCAUCUUUGUAUUUUCUCUCCAUCACACCUUUUGGUUGUGUUAGAAAUGUUUCUUCAACCAAUUGCACAUUGUGUCUCUUUACUUAUAGCCGUAUGAUGACCCUAACGUAGCAGUGCUAUGAUCAUGUUUACAGAGUUGUGUGUUUCCUAUCCUGUUACUGUCAUAGUUUUAAAAUGACUUGUACAUUGAUUGGCAUACUUUUAUCUAUGUUCUGUUUGGAUGCAUGAUGUUUGCAUAUUUGGAAAUACUAUUUUAUCUGUGCAUUAACCUCAUCUUUCUCUCUCCAUCU